AUGUCCAUCGAGCUCAACAAUCAAAACCAGAAAACACUGCAAGAUGGAAAACUUCCAGCAAGCCGGCGCAAAGCGCUAAAGAUGCCUCAGGAGCCAAUCCCCCUCCAAAAAGAAUACCACACGCGAGUCUUCCAAGUCAAAUUAUCCCCCCAAGCCGCUUUCUAUAAGGUGAAGGCCAAGCUAGGGGAUGGUGUCGAUGAGUGGGAGGGAAUCAUCGGACCAGGUAUGAUGUUUAUUGAGGCAAUUGCACGAACAGAAGACACUAACUUGCCAUAUUCCUCUCAGCUGGCCAAAGCCGCGUAUGAUGAGUGCUAUGACCCCGAGGGACUGAAGUGUGUCUUUGUAGAAAAUAUUCAAAAUGACGAGACAAUGGAAUUUAUGCGAGAUUCCAUCUACCCUGAGUGGAAUAAGGUAGACUUCGAGGCUCCACGCAAAUCUUUUGACAGGCUCUUUUGGGCACGAGGAUUGAGAGGGACGAGACGUGUUGCGAAGAUUGUUAACUGGAUGAAGGACUCCAGGUUUCACUUACGGUUUGAUAUUCAAGCCCUAUGA